UGUCUUUUGAAACUUCCUCUAUCACUUUUCUCCUUCUGUCAAAAGCUAAGAAAAGAUGAAUUUGUUAACUUUAAUUACGUUCUUCUCCGUUUUACAAACAAGUUUUGCGGACAAAAACACAGUUCCUGUGUUCAUGUUGGACUUUAAUCGAGCAAUGAGCCAUGUACAAAUAGAUCCCAAUCCGUUCACGAAAGUUUCAGCAGCCAGCUUGGCUCAUAUAGUUCACGAUUCUAUAAAACGGAGUGAUGGCAUGGUCAUAUUCGUCGAAGACACAUUUUGCACCGAAGAUAUUAGCACUAAGGACAAAUACGGCACACCUUACAUACAUUUACGCGCCGCUUUGCUCGAUAAAAAAGUAAAAUACUUCCCGUCCGUUAUAGAUCCGUUCAAAAUCUUAAAUAACAUUUUCAAGCCUCAACAACACAACAUAUUUUAUUUAUCAAGUCAGACGAAGUUGCAAAUAACGGAUACGUUUGAUCAUAUCUAUAUUUUCUUCCAAGAUGGGGUGAAUGAGACUAGGUCCCAGAUUUUGAGGAGACAUGAUUCUAUAAUAAGAGAAGUGAUGUUUGUCGUUCGUCAGUUGAAGAGGGGGCCAGUUGUGGCGUUUUAUACGGGUAAAACGAACCCAGUGGUCGUGAAGAAGAUAGAACAGGAGAAGAAGCCACAAGCUCUAUCUUCAAUGAAGAAAGGGGUCAUGGUAGUGUCUUCUAUUGGACUUUUUCGGCUUCAUGGUGUGUACGCAGCCACACAAACCAGGCGCUCGGUAUUUGACCAGGUACCAGGGGUAUCUAAAGAGACGCGGAACGGAAAACAGGGAUCAUCGAUAAGGAUAGCCUAUCCAGUGUUCGAUAUCGAGUUCGCUUUCACUUUUAACGAGGAAGGAUGGACCUUUGAUUACGUGUCAAUCUAUGAAGUUGAUGAAGAGGUUGGGAGGACAAACAUAGGUAUAUGGGUGCCGUGGAACCAUUCUCUUUACUGCCCGGAGCCUAUACAUAUCAUUAACCAAAGAGAUUUGAGCUUUAUCGUCAUUACUCAGUACCAGGUCCAACCCAAGGACGUUGGCGUACCUCUAAGCCUGGAAGACGGUACAGUAUUCAGUGACCCUAUCCACUGCGGCCCUUACUUUACAUCGCCCAUAUUAGCCUGUUUGUUCGUCUCCCUUCUAUGUCUAGCUAUAACUUUGUAUGGGAUCAUGACGCUCUUUGAUUGCGUAUCCGGAGAUCGGUUUGAAGAUCCCAACGCUAAGCCUCUUACGCAUGAGGUUAUGCAUUGAACGCGAGUGAUAAAUAGGUAAAGAUGUUAUAUUUCAAGAAAGUUAGGGGCUGUCUCCACGAGCGAGAGAAUCGCGAUGAGUCCGCCCUUAUAUCGUCGGAUAAUCUCCACGAACGAGCGAUAAUUCCGCCGCGUAUCGUCGCGAGUCGUUACAGAAUCGCGGCGACUCGUAACGGUAUCGCCGCGUUUCCUUGACGUCACGUUGCGAUAGAAGGAAUUCAGUUACAACGUCUUUGCUUAACAUGACGCUGCGUUUGACAGCGCGCGUCGCGUUGCUAGUCGCGGCGGGCUAGCGACGAUGUAAUGACGUUUUGCGUGCUCGUUGCCACUCGUCGCAUCGCGGCGAUAAUAUCGCCGUGUGGAGACGGUUCCAUAGAGUGUAUAGAAAAACGUGGCACGGCGAUACUUUCGCUCGUGGAGACAGCGCCUAAGUAAGCUAUACUGUAUUGUAUUGAGCAUGUACCUACAUUAAUACACCCAAGUUUGGCCCAUCCGCUUUCGUGGGUAAAACAUUUGAAAUAGCUUAGGUUCGUUAAUUAGGUUCCUUUGUAAGAUUUGUCAUUUUAU